AGAAAGUCGAUAUAGGAUAACAAAGUCCUUCCUGACUGAACCACAUCUUCUUGCAUCCGACGCCUUGCCCUUGCAGGGACACCAUCGUCACAAUGUGCACCACCAACGUCUACAACUACCACUACUCAGACGGCCGCAGGGAAGUGUCUCGCCAGCCCGUCCUCUGCUCCGCAUCUCGCAACGGCAACGUCUGCUCCCAGAACGUCGUCUUCCAGCACCCCAGCCAGUAUAUCAAGCACUCCGGCUCGGCCAUGGGAACCUCGCCGGGCUCUCCCUCUCCCUACCUCAGCCAGUUCCCGCCAACGCCCACUUACAGCCCGCGAUCCGGCACGCCAAACUACCGAUCCGGUGACGAGUCCGACCGAUCGCGCCACAGCAGCUCAUCCAGCUCACGGCGCCGUCGCUCUUCCAGCCUCUACAUCAACGGACAGAAUGUCAUCGACCUGAGCCGCCACGAUGGAAGCCCCCGGCGCGAGCGCAUUGUCCUGGUUGAAGGCCCGCCCACCCCGCGGACUCCUCCUACAGCAUUCAGCUUCGCCAGCUUUGCGCCUCCCUCUCCCAAUGCCAGCGCCAACGCCUCUGCCUCUGCUUCCGUCUACGGCUCCUCCCCUCGAGAAUCAAACUCCAGCUUCUCCCGCCGCCCAGUCAUUGUCGACGACCGGACCCGCGCUGAGCGUGUCGAGCGCGUGGAGCGACCUCGCUUCGAGAUUGAGGUCGUCGAGGCCGCUCCCUCUUCGCAACGAACACCCCGACACGACCGCCACUCUUCCACCAGCUCGCGCGACAGCCGUGGACGGAGCAGCGCCGAUGACGAGGAGACCUCACGGCGCCGCCGCGAGCGAGAGGAGCGCCGAGUUGAGAAGGAGCGCGACGAGGAGGAGGAGCGUCAGCGUCGUAUCCGCCUUCGCAUCGCCAAAGCCAAUGCCGAGAUCAACAAGCGCCCUCCGGUGCCGAUGCCGCCUGCACCGCUGCGCGCAUCUUCCUUCAAGACCUCUAGCGCUGACGACUCGGUCAAGAAGCUGGCCGACGGUGUCCGGCGCCUGAGCUUCGAGGAGGAGCGCCGCGAGGAAAAGGUCCGCCACCUCGCUCGCAAACAGGAGCGUCGCGACGAGGAGGAGACUCAGCGCCUUGAAGACGAGGCCCAACGCCAGCGACUGGCCGAGCGCAUCAGCAUGCCUCGACGCCGGGCCACAGUCGGCGGCAGCCGCCGGCACCGCGUCGUCUACGACGAUGGCACUCUCUACCGCGUCGAGUAGAUGAUGUUUCUUUUGUAAUUUCCUUUGUCUUUACUUCCUGUCUCUGCAUUUUUAUACCACUUCCUCUUCAUUUCCUUUGUACUGUUACGACACUUUAUCAUGACUUGAACAUAUUCUCUGUAUUACUUAUGUGAUGGAAAAGAGGGGGGGCUUUUCUUUUGCUUUUACAAAACUAUUUGAAAAGUACAAAACUAUGAAAAAAAAAGGGGACUUGGAAUGAUAACAGGACAAACAUGCGGUUUGGCAUUUGGGAUUUUUGCAAGCGAACAAAGCGAUGAUUUCUUAUUACGGAAAAACUUUUUCUCAUGUACACUACGAUUACGAUAUUACAUAUAAUACCCAGAUAGCGAAAUAUCUUUUUUUUUUCUUUGAA